AUAAACAAAAAUGCUAAGCGAUAUCACUCGUAAUUAAGGACUAUACAAAGCACUUUUCUUAGUAAUAGGAAUAGUGCUUAUUGUAUUUUGCUUCUUUUUUAAUGUUUCUGAAUUGGAGACAACGGCAAAAGGAUCAUAUUACCUCACCUUUUCAUCAAGAGGUCAUUCAAAAUUAGAUGGAACAGAUUGUUACACAGAUUUACCUGACUGCAAUGGUGAUUCUUUUUGCAAAACUGUCAAAACAACACCUUAUUUAGGUGGAUUUGCCUUGGGAUUUGCCGGAUUGGUUCUCUUGUUUUCAUUAGGUGAAUCCCUCAUCAGUCGAGUAAUUAAAAAGUAUCAUAUUUGGAUUAUCCAAUUGAUAUUCCUCUUCUUUAGUUGGGCAUUGAUAUUGAUCAUUCCUGUUUUGUAUUUGACAACAAAAGGAGAACAUUGGAAUUUGUGUUGGCUUCCAAUAAUAUUUGAAUUUGCAGCAUUGAUUUCAACAACAGUUUCAGCCUUUCUUUAUUUUAAAAGUAAUGAAAGCAAGGGGCAAGGACUAUUAUCAUGAUAAUGUUAUCAAUCCAC